AUGGCCAAGGGACCAGGCCAGCGGGGCCGACUUGGGCUGCUUGGAACUGCUCGGGCAGAUCUGCGUUUUCAUGAGAUCCAGAGGUGCUAUGAGAGCAGAAGGGUCCUGUUCAGGGUCACCUACCCAGAGGCUCAAGAGGACUCCAGCCAGGCUGCUUUAGAUGACCCCUGGUUGUUGGGUCAGCAUGGUGUGGGGUCUGGCUGUGGCCGUCCCAAAGGGCCCAGCUUCUGCUGGGACAUCAGUGAGCAUACCACCUGGAUCCUGGAAAGGCCACCCCGUCCCACCUCCUCCUGCUGCCAGGUCUACAGGGUGCCCCUGGGAUCUGGCCAAGGUUCCCCUUGUCCUCCCACAGCCUGCGGGCAGCCUCACGUGUCAAGUCUCAUCGUGGGGGACCGGGACACCCAGGACGGAGAGUGGCUGAGGCAGGCGAGCAUCCAGCACCGCGGGGCACGUGUGUGUGUCGGCUCGCUCGUCGCCCCCCAGUGGGUGCUGACGGCAGCACACUGCUUCCUGAGGGCGCUGCCAUCUGAGUACCCUGUGCGCCUCGGGGCACUGCACUUGUGUCCUGCCUCGCCCCACGUUCUCUUGGUGCCCGUGCAGAGGGUGCUGCUGCCCCCGGACUACUCAGAGGACGGGACCCGAGGAGACCUGGCGUUGCUGCAGCUUCGCCGCCUAGUGCCCUUGAGCACAUGAGUCCAGCCCAUCUGCCUGCCUGAGCCUGGGCGUUGCCCACCACCAGGCACACCAUGCUGGGUCACUGGCUAGGGCAGCCUCCACUCAGGAGUGCCACUCCCAGAGUGGCGACCUCUGCAGGGAGUACGGGUGCCACUGCUGGGUACUCACACCUGUGACCUCCUCUACCACAUGGGCACCAACGUUCCUCGUGCCAAGCACAUAGUGCUGCCAGGGAACCUGUGCACCGGCUAUGUCGAGGGCCAGAAAGAUGCCUGCCAGCGUGACUCUGGAGGACACCUGACCUGUAUGAGGUCUGGGCGCUGGGUCCUAGUGGGUGUGGUGAGCUGGGGCAAGGGCUGUGCCCUGCCCAACCGUCCAGGUGUCUAUACCAAUAUGGCUACUUACAGCCCUUGGAUUCAGGCUCGCCUCAGCCUCUGAUGCAGUGACACUGACCUGAAGCCAGACUCUGGAGUCCCUCAGCUGCCUGGUCUGUGUGGGGAUCUACACAUCCCCCCACCCUGCCCCUUCUGACUUAGGGCUUAGAGGCCUAAUAAAGUUAAGGGGCCAUCCGCCCACCCAUUCAUCUGUCUAUCCCCUGCCUCCUCCUUGGGGCUCACCAAACCCAAGCUGCCAACCCUCCUCCAGGAGCCUCCCGAGUGUCCCAGGGUCUCACACUCCCUCCCUUCCCUUCCUGCUCAUAUUUAACCCCCUGAGCUCCAGUCAGACAGGCAAGUGAGUCAGUGCUAGGUCUGGUCUGUGUGCCCUUCUUUUCUGGAAGAAGUCAGAGAAACUCAAAUAUGAGAGGAAUUCAACACCAAGGAAAUGACUGUCCAUUGCUAGCUUUGAAGAUGGAGGGGCCACGUGGCAAGGAGCUGAUGAAAGCCCCUGGCUGACAGCCAGCAGGGAAAGGGACGCCUCAGCACUACUACUGCAAAGAACCGAAUUUGGCCAAUAACCAGAACAAGCUUGGAAGCCAACUCUACUCCCAGCCUCCAGAUGAGAACCCUGACAGGCCAAGCCCUUGAUUUCAGCCCGGUGAGAUCCUA